CACAUGCCGUCACAUGCCCGGUGGUUGUGCGAUUGUUACUGCGCUCUUUUCUCCCCGUUAUCCCCGUGUUGUGAUUGCGUAGCUUUUGUUUUGGUGCUAUCGGGCACUUUGUCGUGCCGUGGUGUCUGUGACAGUGCAAUGAGCGCGAGCAAUGACCACGACGUCAUGCGUGACGGUGGUAAGACUACCGCACCAAGGUUUGUGUAUACGGCCGAAGAACGCGAGCUGCUUCGCAACUUGGUGAUGCGGCACAGGUCCGUCAUCGAAAACAAAAGAACGGACAACGUGUCGAAGCGCGCCAAGGACAUCGGCUGGGAAAAAAUUACCGAAGAGUACAACAGCCAACCAGGCAUUCGUCGCGUGACGGUUUCGAAGUUGCGGAAGCUGUGGGACAACGAAAAGACAAAGUGGAAAAAAAUGCAGUCGGAACAAAGGCGGAACUUGUACGCAACAGGGGGUGGUCCAUCGACCUGCCGGCCAAUGAGCCCGUCGUUGGCACUUGUAGGGGCGGCAGCCUCGCAUAUGGCGACACGGCUCCCCAACCCCUAUGACAGCGAUGGAGCACACAUCGGCCAGCCGGUGCUGUCUCUACCGCCGGCACGCAUCUUUGAGAGCAUGGUGACUGGCAGUGAAGACACCAUGGAAGAGCUGCUCGAUGCCCUUUGCCCAGCACCACGCCCCGGGCAGCAAAAGGCUGACUUGCCAAAAAGCCAGUACAUGUCAACUGCGAGAGAUAAAACUCGCCAGUCAACUCAACAUUGUGCUGCCAUUGAAGCACUGGUUCAUGAAGGACAGUCUCUUUUUCUCAAUUUGUUUCUCUUGCAUGCUUCUAUGUACGUUGAGGAGCUGUCCCCAUCUGUUAUUAUUAUCAAGGUGUUUGUGUGGUGUCAUUGUUGCAUGCAACUAGCACCUGUUAUUCGUUUUCAUAAUUACACUAUGAACAGAGUAAUUUCCAAUGUUGUGUGUUCACGUAGAAGCAUGGAAACACACAAGUGUGCCUGUACCGAAAAGCUACAAUGUUAAAAGGCCUUCCUGAUUACAUAGCAUGCCGGUAGGGCACCAGUUCUGUUUCUUUUGUGUAUGCAGACACUACCAAUAUCGCACCAUGGCCAGCUGUUGAAGUCUCGGCUCAACCAGGAGCUAUGGGCUUGCCGACAUCUACAGUGCAGGCGCCUUCAGUCAUAAAGCCCAGCUGCACGCUGCUCCAGUAGUGCUGGCGACAUGUGGUCUCUCAAGUUGGAUUGUGUGACUAACAUGUAGCAGGCGUAUUGCAGAUAAGUUGUUUCUCCACUUAAUCGAAGUAGUUUGUUACUGCUUAUGUUCAUGUAGCUAGUAAAGUAAAAGUAAAUUUCUUAUGACUCCGGCAGCCAUGCAGUACGAUGUACUUUUAUCCAAGAAGUUAUGUGUAAAAUCAGGCCACCUUUUGACAUUAGAUAUGUGUUAUUAACAUAUUUCAUAGACCUCAGAGAAAGAUGCUGAAUGUACAGUUAUUCCAAAUGAAAUGCUUCUCAGGUACGCUGCAGUAAAGCGUUAGUAGCUGCGGCCGUGGCAAUGCUGAGGUUAGAAUGAAUGCAGUAUUCAAGUUUAUAUCUGCAAGUAUCACUGGCCCCCUGCU